AUUCAUCGUGCAUGUACCUAGCACUACCUACCUCUGGGAGUUUGAAACGUCAAAUCUAUUAUAAAAUUUUUAGUAUUCAUUCUGAAAUUCAUUACGUCAUUGUGAUAUACAUUAUUGGAAAACAUAAAAACUAAAGCAGAUAUAUAAAUAUAUAUUCUCACAAUGAAGUGGUUCACUGGAAGCAUUAAUGAAGCAGUUGCGACAUCAAAAUCGAAGAAGGCAAUUUUUGUCGUAUUUGUUGAAGGUAAAGAUGAUACAUCGACACAACUUGCCCAAACAAUUAAUGCUACAGAAGUAUCUUCUCGCUUGGAGCAAGAGCAUUUUGUAGCUAUACGAUUGGAGAGCGGAUCUGAGGCUUACAGAUUCUUUGCACAAAUUUAUCAAUUGGUACCAGUACCAUCCUUAUUUUUCAUUGGAGAAAAUGGCACACCAUUGGAAAUUGUUGCUGGUACCAUAACUGCAAUUGAAUUAGUGUCAAAAAUUGAUAGCGUGCUGACAAAGGCAGGAAAGAGCAGCAAACAAUCUUCGUUAAACUUAAUUGAUGCAGAACAGAAAGCUACAGCUAUUAGUAGCAGCAGCAAUAAUAACGUUACUGAAAAUGCUACUGCAUCUAAUAUAAAUGAUAAUAACUCUAAUCCAAAUAUAGAUGUAGCUUCAACUAUCACAGAAUCUGUUAUAACAGAUAGCACAAGUGAUAAUAAGGAUGUUAUAGAAAAUGCAACAAAGACGACAACAUUAUUAAAUACAGAAAACCAAGACAAUAAUGAGGCAUCAAAGAAAAAUGUUGAAGCUAAAGAAGCAGUUCAGAAUAAGGAAUUGACAGCUGAAGAGAAGAUAGAAAGAGCACGACAAUUAAUUGAGCUUCAACGAAAACAACGAUUAGAGGAGGAGGAAAAAAAAGAACGGGAACGCGAAAUUGAACGACGCAAAAUGGGACAAGAUGUACAAAAAAUGCGGAAAAUGCAACAAGAUUUGGAGAUAAAACUAGCGCAUGAAGAAAGGGUACGAGAAAAAGCUGCAGAGGCUGCUGCUCGCGAAAAAGUUAGACAACAAAUUGCACAAGAUAAACUAGAGCGGAAACAAAAAGAGCUUGCGCUGCAACAGAUGCAACAGCAGCAAUGCCAAGAGCAACCAAAACAUAUUCCAUCCAGUACAGCAUCUAAUAAUGCGACUGUGACCAGAAUUCAAUUUAGAUUACCAUCUGGCAAUUUCCAUACAGGACAAUUUGAACCAACUAGUACUCUACGCACCUUGCGCACCUACGUUACAGAAAACAUUGAGUUGCCCUUCCGACAAUUUGCUAUGUCGAUAUCGUUUCCAAGAAGAGAAUUGACUAACGAGGAAAAUGACAAGACCCUUAUAGAACUUGAAUUGGUUCCAUCCGCCGUUAUUUUAAUUCUUCCUUUGAAAAAUGUAAAUUCUAAUCUCACAACAGCGGUCACUUCGGCGCAAGAUGUCGGUUUCUUUUCGCGCUUUAUAUGGUCCUUUUUCACACCUGUUAUUCGUAUUUACAAUUAUGUAGUAGGUUACUUUUUCGGCACUAAUGGAGAUACGAAUCAGCGCGGAAAUUCCGGUGGUGAUGCUGUAGAAGCGACGAAUAACUCCGACAGAGCUAUUUCACCGAAUCGGCAAAAUGUAGUUCAAUCUUCGGGUUUAUUUAGAAGAUACUUGGGUAAUCAAGGAGGAACAACUAUCAGAGCACAAGGAAAUAUACACAGGCUACAUUCAGGUGGAGAUGAUAAUGAUGAGAAUAAUACUUGGAAUGGUAACUCAACACAGCAAAUGUAAAAUAAUCUUGCUUGAGUCAGGUCACAAGCAGUCAUAUUUAAUAGAUUACUAUUCUCAAUAUAUACAAUUGUUGCUGUGUUGUAAUUAAUAUUCAACACUUCACUACUUUGUUGUACACUCUAAUGUACAAUACUAAAAUCUAUCUGCAAUUUUUUGCACAUACAUCUUAAGCAAGUUCUGUCGUAAUGUUUAAAUGUUACAUCACUAGAAUUGCGAGAAAGAAUAUAUUUGUUAAUUGAGACUACAAUUAGCAAUAAUGUGAAUAUUAUUUGAAUUGUCGUCAUAUAAUAUGUCACAAUAUAAUGUUUAUUAUAAUAUUACACAUGCUAUUGUAUUACAAUAUGUUUAUUGUAAUGCUAAUCAUUGUAUUUUAAGAAAUGUAAUACAUUUCAAGAAAAUUGUAGAAAUGGAUCAAGUUGGUGAUAUACGGACCAAAUGUAACAAAAUUCAUAGGAAUUAACGGACUAAAUUAUGAAAAUUUCACAUAUAUUUUAAAUUUAAAGUG